CAUGCGCCUGCUCUGGUCUGGAGUUCUGCUGACACUCGCUGUCUGUCCGCUUGCGGCUGCCGGCGAUCCUUUGGAUGUGUGCCUGAAGGAUCUGGGCUGCCUGAGGGGCACACAUAUGCCAGGAUAUCAGGGCGAGGAGUUUGAGGCGUUCAUGGGCAUACCAUUUGCCCAGCCUCCUGUGGAUUCCCUGCGACUCAGAAAUCCUGUGCCUGCUGCGCCCUGGGAGGGCAUUCUGGAUGCAGGGACAGCCAAGGAUGGUUGUCUGCAGAAGAACUACUUUAGCACCAACUGGGUAGUUUCGGGCGUGGAAGAUUGCCUCUACCUGAAUGUCUACAGACCAAAGAAACGCGAUGGAAGUCCCUUGCCCGUCAUGUUCUACAUCCAUGGGGGCGGUUACUUUAGCGGCACUGCCCAUCCGGUUGCCAGUGGACCCGAGUAUAUGAUGGACACGGAGCAGGUGAUCAUGGUCACCGUACCCUAUCGCCUGGGGCCGUUGGGAUUCCUGAGCACUGGCGAUACGAAUAUGCCUGGCAACUUCGCUCUCAAGGAUCAGCGCCUGGCCAUGCAGUGGGUGCAGCAGCACAUAGCAGAAUUUGGAGGCGAUCCCCAGUUGGUGACGAUCUUCGGCCACAGUGCGGGAGGAAUGUCGGCCCACUAUCACAUGCUCAGCCCCAGCUCAAAGGGACUCUUUCAACGGUCCAUGUCCUUGGUUGGCACCAUACUCUCGCCAUUCUUGAAGAUAAAUAAGGAACCUCUCGCCCAGGCGAGAAAGCUGGCUGCUGUGGCUGGCAUCGAGGGGGCAGAGAGCUUAGACAGCAAGGACCUGGCCCAGGCUCUGCGAGAGCUGGAUCCCGUUGAGCUGCACACCACGGUAGACUCCCUAAAAGUUUGGUAUAACUUUCCUUUCAUCAGCAAUACAGUGGUCGUCGAACCUGUUGGAUGUCCGGAAGCCUUCUUCACCGAGGACCCGGUACAGUCGCACCUCGAGGGACGCAUUAAUCAGGUGCCCUGGUUGCUGAGCGUCACUUCCAGGGCCGGAGAAGGUGCUCUAUCCAUUCUGCGCGUCUUCGACGAUCGAAAGCUACGGGCCGAGCUCAACUCGCAGUUCCUUGAGCAUUUUUCCCACGUCUUGAACUUGCCUGAUGGAACUUCGUCGGAGGUUGUCCGGGAAAUCCUAGACGCCUAUGGAUUCGAGGGAGAGAGCAUCAGCAACGAUACACUUGUGCCGCUGGCCGAGAUCGCGGGCGACUUUGGGUUCUUUUACCCGCUCUACGAGACCGCCUCAACCUACGCAAAAUACGCCAAUCUUGAGGAGAAUCCGCUCUCCUUCUACUUUUUCGAGUACCGUGGCCUGCGCACCCUCUCGACCCUGUUUAGCGGCGCAUCGGUGGAGUAUGGGGUAGGUGCUGCCCACAUGGACGACGCUCUGCACACCAUACGGAUUCCGGCUAUUGUCGAGGACUAUCCCAAGAAUUCGGAGGAUGCUGACGUCGUUAAACGAAUGACCUCGCUGAUGGUGGACUUUGCCAAAACCGGGAUCUUCCACAGUGGCACAUCCUGCCAAGCUUCCGAUUUCACGGAUCAGCAGAUGUGCAGCUAUGUCCAUUUUGGUGGCACCGUUGGCAACUACAAGGAGGAUAUCCAGAAGGACGUGGAUUUGGCAGGCUAUCCAAUAUGGAAGAGGUUAUUUUUCUGAGAAUCAUUAGUCAACAGAUUGCUUUUAAUGAUGUUACUUGUUUACUAUUAAUUCGUAUCUCAGUCUCUGGAACUGGAACGAGAAUUUUAGUACUUUUACAUAAUGUGUCUCUGUAAUGUUACACGAUAAAUAACUAAGCUGCAACUCAAUGUAAAAUUGUUGCGUCAUGUGCAUGC